AUGGCUACCGCCGAAGAGACCAAUGUCACCCUCGCCCAGUACCAGGGAUGGGUCGACCGCCAGAAAAGAAGUCGGCGGCGGUGGAGGAGUGCCAUUGACCCGGCGAGGAUUCGAGAUGGAGCCGAGAAGCUGUACAAGCGCUUCGUCCUGGAGGGAAUAUUGAGACAGAAGCUUAUACCACCAAGUCAGGACGGCAGGCAUGUGCCCCUGGAGCCUGGCCUCGCGAGACGGAAACCACUGAAAGAUGACCGAACCGGCCGCCCCUACUUGUCCAAUUUCAUUCGGUCUAGCAGGUAUACUCUCUGGAACUUCCUGCCAAAGCAACUCUUCUUCCAGUUUAGCAAGCUGGCCAACUUUUACUUCCUCAUCAUCGGUAUCCUCCAGAUGAUACCCGGCCUCAGUACUACCGGCUCGUUCACAACGAUAGCACCCCUGAUCGCCUUCGUCGCUCUCAGCAUGGCUAAAGAGGGCUAUGACGAUUAUCGUAGAUACAAGCUCGACAAGCUGGAGAACAAGAGUGUCGCUUGGGUACUUGAUCCCGAGAAUCUCUUCGCCAAGACAGAUCGGAGGAGCCGUUCAGAGCUCUUGAGGAUUGGGAAGUUGGGGAGAUCGCAUGGUGCACACGUGCGAAUAGCUGAGGUGGAGGCGGGAAUGGGCAACGAAGUCGAACAGGCAAAGAAGUGGACCCAGGUUGAGUGGCAGGACGUCCGGGUUGGCGACAUCAUUCAGCUACGGAGAGAUGACAACCUCCCUGCCGACAUCAUUCUUCUCCACGCCACAGGCCCCAACGGAGUGGCGUAUAUCGAAACAAUGGCUCUCGAUGGUGAAACGAACCUGAAGAGCAAGCGGGCCUGCCCCUUGUUCGCUAAACACUGCAACUCUAUCGCCGAGAUGACAUCCCUAGAUGCCGAGGUCGUUGUCGAGGAUCCAAAUCUCGACCUCUACAACUUCGAGGGCAGAGCCACGGUCAAGGGGGAGACCAUGCCGCUGACGAUGAACGAGGUCGUGUAUAGGGGUUCGAUCUUGCGCAACACGACCAAGGCCAUUGGACUUGUCAUCAACACCGGCGAAGAAUGCAAGAUUCGGAUGAAUGCACGCAAGAACGUCCAUGCCAAGGCGCCCGAGAUGCAGUACGCUGUGAACCGCAUCGUCGUGGUCUUGGUGGGGUUUGUGAUCGCGCUGAGUCUCGGUUGCACCGCAGGCUACAUCGUCUGGCGCCGCGACCACGAAGGUCGUGCCUGGUAUCUCCGACACACUUCGGUGCCGCUGAAGAAUAUUUUCAUUGCCUUCAUCAUUGCGUUCAACACCCUCAUUCCGCUCUCGCUAUACGUCAGCCUGGAAAUAGUCAAGCUUGGGCAGGCAUAUCUCCUCAACGACAUUGAGAUGUACGACCCUGUGAGUGACACGCCAAUGGUUGCCAAUACCACGACUAUUUUAGAGAACCUCGGCCAAGUCAGCUACGUCUUCUCGGAUAAAACGGGCACCUUGACCGAGAACCUGAUGAAACUUCGAAAGGUGAGCGUGGCUGGGACUGCUUGGUUGCAUGACUCGGAUCUGCAAAAAAUAGCAGCGGAGAAAGAAGCGAAGAAUAAGCUCCCGGCAUACCAGGAAGCGGGGGUUGAGACAGCAAAGGGGCGACAGACUCCGUCGCCCAAAGCGACAGCACCUGGCUCCGGCGUCGAUUUCACAAAUGAGCAUCUGAUCGACGAGGGCCGCCUCCCGAAUAUCCACUCUGCGAGGCUAAAUUCCGCUUCACAAUGGAAGUCGACGGCUCGUCCAGGCCAAGCACAGCCAGAGUUGAAUACGGAGGACAUCCUCCGCUUUCUCCGUGCCAAACCAAAUUCCCCCUUUUCACGAAAGGCGCGCCAGUUCAUCCUCUGCAUUGCGCUGUGUCAUACGUGUCUGCCCGAGACUCGCGAUGAUGGCUCGGUCACCUUUCAAGCUGCAUCUCCCGAUGAGCUUGCGCUGGUGGAAGCUGCAAGGGAUAUGGGUUACUUGCUGGUUGACCGAGCUGCACAGUCCAUCAAGCUAGAAAGCCACGAUAUUGAUGGAUCGACUAAAAUGGAGGGCUAUCAAAUCCUCGAUGUUAUCGAAUUCAGCAGCGAACGCAAGCGUAUGUCGGUGGUAUGCCGCAUGCCAGACGGAAAGCUAUGUCUGUUUAGCAAGGGCGCCGACAACGUCAUCUUACCUCGUUUGAAGCAAAGUCAGCUCGCCACCCAAGCCAUGUCGUCUGUUGAACGGAGAGCAAGUGUGCGGAAGAGCAUCGAGUUGGAGAAGGCUUUGAAGCGACAGAGUCUCCAAAACGUGAAGCGCGACAGCAUGAAUCUCGUCCGAGCUGCCUCAACACUGGACCGAAGGGAUUCUCGAGGACGCCGCAAGUCCAACAUCAUCACCGACGAAGUUGAUUACUGGCUAUCCCGGCGCGAGAAUGACGGGAUCGAGUCGGAAUUUGAGAGCGAUGACCACUUUAUGGGAGGGGGGCGAUCCAUGGAAGCCUCACGUGCCAUUGAGCCAUAUGACUCUCUGGUGGAUGAGUCGCUGGCUUUGAACGAAGCUGCGGUGUAUGAACGCUGCUUUCAGCACGUUCAUGAUUUUGCCUCCGAGGGUCUUCGUACCCUCAUUUUCGGUUAUCGCUACCUUGAGGAAGACGAUUAUCAGAAGUGGAAGACUGUGUAUCACCAGGCCACGACAAGUCUCGUCAAGCGCCAGGAACGUAUCGAAGAAGCGGCGGAGCUCAUCGAGCAGAGCCUCGACCUUGCCGGGGCCACUGCGAUCGAGGACAAGCUGCAGGAAGGCGUCCCGGAGACGAUCGACAAGUUCCGCCGAGCUAAUAUUAAGGUAUGGAUGCUGACGGGGGACAAGCGCGAGACGGCCAUCAAUAUUGCUCAUUCGACAAGAAUCUGCAAGCCCUUUUCGCAGGUCUACAUAUUGGACGCCGCCCAGCCCGACUGGCAAGAAAACAUGGCCGAUGCGCUUGUCGAAGUCGGUCGCGGCAUGGCUCCCCAUUCAGUGAUCGUCAUUGACGGCCAUACUCUUGGGGUCGUGGAAGGAGACGAGGUGCUUCAUGCUUUGUUCUUGGACUUGGCUGUUCGGGUUGACUCGGUCAUAUGCUGUCGCGCGUCGCCAUCGCAGAAAGCUAAUCUGGUCAAGUGCAUUCGCCACCAGGUUCCGUCAUCUGUAACGCUCGCCGUCGGUGAUGGCGCCAACGACAUUGCCAUGAUCCAGGCUUCACACGUCGGAAUCGGCAUCUCGGGCCGGGAGGGUCUUCAAGCUGCUCGCAUCUCGGACUACUCGAUCGCCCAGUUCCGUUUUCUCCAGCGACUUCUGUUCGUCCACGGCCGCUGGAACUAUAUCAGGACAGGCAAAUACAUUGUCGGAACCUUCUGGAAGGAGGUGCUGUUUUACAUGCUACAGGCACAGUACCAGAAGUUCAAUGGAUACACUGGAACAUCGCUCUUUGAGUCAACCAGCCUGACGGUGUUCAACACGCUCUUCACCUCGCUGCCCGUCAUUCUCCUUGGCAUCUUCGAGAAGGAUCUAAAUUCCGAAACCCUGAUCGCCGUUCCAGAGCUUUACUCGUUUGGGCAAAAGAACAGAGGCUUCAACAUGCUGCAAUACUUGGGCUGGAUGUUUAUGGCCGCCUCUUCGUCGGCCAUCAUAUUCUUCUCUGUGUACUGCCUUUACGGAACCUCACAUUACCCGGCCGACACUGGUCUUUACGCCGUGGGGACCUUGGCAUUCUCGCUAGCGGUCAUAUUCAUCAACCUCAAAAUGCUUGUCCUUGAGCUCCACAACCGCACCGUCAUCUCGUUCCUUGGGUUGUUUAUAUCUAUCCUUGGCUGGUUCUUGUGGAACGUCCUCCUCAGCCUUGUGUUUUCCCCGAGUCCAGGGCCGUACGUGGUGCGCGGAUCAUUUAUCAAGGGGUUCGGGAAAAAUGGUAUGUGGUGGCUGGUGCAUUUCGUUGCCCUCUCUGCACUGAUUGUGUUUGAGCUGGCGGUUUCCGCUGUCCGCAAGUCGCUGUGGCCCACGGACCAGGACCUCAUGCAAGAGGUGGAGCAUAUUGACGGCGUCAUGGACGUGAUCAAAGAGCAUGCAGGCGAGCACGGGGGCGAAGCAGGACCCGUGUACCAGUCAGACGAGAACGCCGCGGACCCGCCAUCUAAAAAGCUCAGCGUUAGUACCGCGGUGUCGGCACCCAUCGGCACUGCUCCCUCGUUGUCUCUGAGAGAGACGGGCGGUUGGCACUUUGGAGGCACGAAAAGAGGAAGCAGGCACAUGACCGAUGAGCAUUACGUGCCUCCAGAGUUUACCCCACCCGCUGAGGAACGCGAAAACCCGAUGGAUAUUGCCGGCAAGAAGCAAAAGUCGACACCGGGGGCCGGAACAGGGAGAUGGAUACACGACGAGUCACCCACGAUAGUGGCGACCAAUCCACCCGCCGCCGCGGGCGCAGGAUCAGCGCAAAACGAGGAUUUUUACUUUACCCAGAGCCCCGUCGAGCUCAAGACUCCGACGAGUGGGGGGAGACCAUGGCCCCUUUCGAACUAG